AAGAAGAGAAACGCGGUUAGUGGUGGGUCGUCGUCUCUCGCUUGGGUUCAACGUCCCUUGCCUGCAAAGUUGAGACUUGGAGAGAGAAUCUGUGGAGAGAAGAGAACAAGCAAACCAACAAAAAUACACACAAAGAAAGAAAGGAACAAAAUAACAAGCCAAAAAAAAAAAGAGCAAAAACAGAGCACUCUGCUUCUUUCUCUUCUGUCUUCUACUCAAAUUUGGAGCUCUUGGGGAGUCUUUUUCUACAACCGGGUCACUCUGAUUUGGCUCAAGCUUCCCUUUUUACGUAUGGGUUUUCUCUCUUGUGAUUGCUAGUGGUGGAGGAAUACAAGGUAAUUUAGAUUGACAGUUUCAAAAAUAUGUCUUUUAAAAGCAAAGGAGAGCAGUCUACUGGAAGUUUUGUAUCAAAGAAAUGGACUUUUCUUCUUUGCUUGGGCUGCUUCUGUGCUGGAAUGCUCUUCACCAAUAGGAUGGGGACUAUUCCUGAAACUGAAGGUAUCAUGCGGACAACUGCAGUAGAAGCUGAAGAAUUAAAACUAAUUUCAGAGGGUUGUAAUCUUAAUGCUAAAGAAGAAAAGCAUGUUUCUAAGGACAUCAUUGGGGAGGUUUUUAAGACUCAUCAUGCUAUACAGGCAUUGGAUAAGACUAUUUCCAACUUAGAGAUGGAAUUAGCUGCUGCAAGGGCAGCACAAGAAUCCUUACUCAGUGGUUCUCCAUUAUCCACAGGUGUGAGUAGAGCUGAAUCAUCUAGGAAGAGAAAGUAUGUGAUGGUUAUAGGAAUUAAUACUGCUUUCAGCAGCAGGAAAAGAAGAGACUCAGUUCGUGCUACAUGGAUGCCACAAGGUGAAAAGAGGAAGAAAUUAGAGGAUGAAAAGGGCAUUAUCGUUCGUUUUGUUAUUGGUCAUAGUGUCACAACGGGUGGUAUUUUGGACCGAGCAAUUGAAGCAGAAGAUAAGAAGCAUGGAGACUUCUUGAGGCUGGACCAUGUUGAAGGGUACCUUGAAUUGUCUGCAAAAACUAAGAUAUAUUUUGCUACUGCUGUUGCUUUAUGGGAUGCAGAUUUCUAUGUCAAAGUUGAUGAUGAUGUCCAUGUAAAUAUAGCAACACUUGGAGAAACUCUAGUUAGACACCGUAAGAAACCACGCGUAUACAUUGGAUGCAUGAAAUCUGGUCCCGUCCUCUCUCAAAAGGGAGUGAGAUACCAUGAGCCUGAACACUGGAAAUUUGGCGAGUCAGGAAACAAAUAUUUCCGGCAUGCUACAGGACAGUUGUAUGCCAUUUCAAAAGAAUUGGCCUCGUAUAUAUCUAUAAAUCAGCAUGUGCUACACAAGUAUGCUAACGAGGAUGUUUCACUGGGAUCUUGGUUUAUUGGACUUGAUGUGGAGCAUAUUGAUGAUCGGAGACUAUGUUGUGGCACACCACCUGAUUGUGAGUGGAAGGCCCAAGCUGGCAACAUUUGUGUUGCUUCCUUCGAUUGGACUUGCAGUGGAAUUUGCAGGUCUGCCGAUAGGAUCAAAGAGGUUCAUCGGCGGUGUGGGGAAGGUGAGAAUGCCUUGUGGAGUGCUACUUUCUAAUAGGCAGCUUCAUUUUCUUCCUAACUCAGGAGGAUGAUAAGCUAGGGUGACGACCAGACAUUAGCAUACGUCCAAAAUCUUUUUCUGUAGUUUAAUGAGUACAGAAAAUGUUAUAUCAUAUAUAGGAGUGUGAGAGAGAGAGAGCAUUGAAAUGGGGGCCUUUACAAUUUUAGUAGAAGGGAACAGUCGCAAUAGCCAGCCCGAAAAGGAAGCUGACUGUCACCACCACCCUCUUAUUCUUUGAGGCUCGAGGGCCAAUUUGUAAGUUACAGUUCCAUAAAGUUCAUAAUAAAUACAAAAUAUUUUUGG